GUGAGAUUGAGAGGCGGGCGGCCACACCGCGCUCCACGCCUGUGACUUGGAGCGAGGAGCACAAAGCAACUAAUCAUGCGAAUAAGAACUGUGAGGGGCAUCCUGUGUAUGGCGGGACUCGUCAACGUCUUCUGGAGCGGGAACUGCGAUCCCUUGGUUCCGCAAUUUCUGCAGGUCCGCGCAACCACGUUUCACAAGAAUUGUCUCUUGGGACACUUCAGCAUGUCACUCCUUCCCAGCAACUUUCCGGUGAAUUUCGAAUGCACUAGGAAGUGCAUGUUGACAAGUGGCUGCAGGCUUUUUUGCGUCGAUCCAAGUACGAUGAGCUGUGACCUCCUGGACUGUUUCGUGUCGCAAUGGUUCCCCGGCGUGACGCCCUCCAGCAACACCGCCACCUUCAAGACUUGCUACUCGUCCUGGGCUGACGCGCGGGACAUCAUCAGGAGCAACAUGGUCACCACUGGCAGUCCCGGCUACAUGGGUAUACCGACCAGCCAAGCCAUCGAUGGGUACAUGAGUCGAUUUGAUUGGAACGUCUCGUGUUUCAGUGCAGUUGGUAACCAGCCUAACUUCAUACAGAUCGACUUUGGGUCAGCAGUUAAAGUGUCUGAAGUGGGUAUAGCUCAUCGCAAUUUGGCUCAGUACUUUCAGUCCGUUGUAGUUCGUUUGGGGAACUCUGCAUCAGAAACCAACGCUGUCAUAGCAACCGUAAAACCUGGAAGUUCAACGGGAUGGACUGUAAUCAGUCUUCCUACUCCAGUUGUUGGUCGGUAUCUGAACUUGAGGUCCAACAACACAGAUAACUUUGAAGUAGGUGACGUUCGAGUUAUCCCAGCAGAGUAAUUCAGUCCACAGAGAUGGUCGGUUUGAUGUUGCUUGAGGUUUCCAGAGAUGUGCGAACUGAUCAGAACACGUCAACAGAUUCAUUUCACAAGAGCAAACAUCGCUUUCGUCGUACCUACAUAAUUACGCCAAAGCGUCGGUGCAAGUUGUACAGGGGAUCCAAUUACGGAAAGAAAUAUUGUUUUUGAGCACUUCACCAUAUGAAACAAAUACAUAUUUAUCAUAUUCUGUGUGGUUGUUUCUGUUUUUGUAUAUUUAUUUCAUUUGUUUGAAGCCUGAUGCCAUGGAUAUAUUUAUAGGAACUUUCGAGUGCGUAUCCACGUUUCUUAUCGUGUCAGUAGGUCUGGACCUGUUAUUUUAUUCUUAGUGGGAGAAUAGAAAAAAAACUGGCAGGGGAGGGUU